GAUUAAUGCCCGAUUUCCGGAUUUAAAAGGUAAUAAAUGGAGGUAAACGGUUAUACCAGACAUUUUCACCACGUAAGCGUGAUGUGGAAAAACAGUGCGAUCUCGUUGCUGGUGCUGCUAAGUGCGACGCCCCUCGUCUUGAGUCUGAGCGAAGAAAUGCAAGAGUUGGCCAAUCAACUUCACAGCGCCUGCGUAGAGGAAACCGGAGCACAGGAGAGCGACAUCCCGAAAGCUCGCGACGGCGUAUUCUCCGAAGACGAAAACUUCAAGUGCUACAUCAAAUGUCUGCUGGAACAAAUGGCCGUUAUAGACGAUGAUGGUAUGAUAGACGUGGAAGCUAUGAUCUCGGUGCUGCCUGAAGAACUGGAAGAAAUCGCCGCCCCGGUGAUGAGAAAAUGCGGGACUGUCAAGGGAGCGAACGCCUGCGAAAACGCCUGGCUGACCCACAAAUGUUACUACAAGGAAAACCCGGAGGCGUACUUCCUGAUUUGACGAGCCGCCGCUGCGUAGGCCGACUAAUAAAUUGAAAAGCUCGAGAAAA